AGAUGCAGUUUUAUCUUCACUCCUACUUCCUACACAAACCAAACCAAACCCCGUUUAUUCGCUCUCUCUCUCUCUCUCAUCAAUCGUCAAACACACACAUCUACUUUCGCUUCAACAACGAUCAAACACCGUCAAUCAACCGUCUUCUCCUCCAUUAAUCGGUUUUUUCGUCAGUAUCACCGUAUCAUGCUUUGAAGUGAUUAUAGUUAAUGGCAGGCGAAAUUGAAGAACCGUUUCGCUUGAAUUUUCAGGCGGACCUAUUGCGGUCGGGUUCAAUCUCCUUUGGAAGAUUUGAGUCUGAAUCAUUAUCUUGGGAGAGAAGAUCGGUUUUUUCACAUAAUAGAUAUCUUGAGGAGGUUGAAAAGUACUCUAAACCAGGAUCGGUUACAGAAAAAAAGGCGUAUUUUGAGGCUGAGUUUCGACGGAAAGCGCUUUUGAAGCAACGUUUGUCUGAAUGCCAAGACGGGGGAGAGUUGUGUACAGAUGGGAAUGGUGACUUGCGUGAGUUUGAAGAGUAUGGUAAUUGUGAUGAGAGUCCUUGCAGCAGUUCUAAUCCUUCUAAAUGCAAUACAGAAACCGAAGUUCAACAUCAUGAAAACGGAGAUGUUGCAUGUUUUGAUGAAGAUACUACUAUAAGUCAGCGUUCGGAAAGUCAAAGUUAUGAAUUUCAUUGUGUUACAACUCAGGACGAGUUUGGUGAAACGCAUCAGAGUGAAAAUGAGAAUGUAGCUGGAAAUACUGAACAAAGUAUUGGGUUGACCCUCAUUGACCAUGUAGUGCCGGUGGAUGUGUCAUCAGAAGCCCGUGGCGAUUCAUCGGUUGCUUGUCAAAUACCUGAGAAGGACCAUGAUAGCAUCAGCUCCGCACCUAUUGCCACGACAACAAUUUCUCCCAAGGUAAAGCCUGCAGCAGAAAAGAAACUUACAAGGUCAACAUUAAAGACUCAAGUCAAUGUUGAUCGUUCCCAAAAAAAGGUUCCUAAUGGAGCAUCCAAAGGCUCAAUGAAGCCCCGACCUGCUAGUCCCUCGAUUGUAACGAAAGAAAAGAAGCUGCCCCAACCUGCUAGUCCCUCGAUUGUAACGAAAACAGAAAAGAAGUUGCCCCGACCUGCUAGUCCGUCGAUUGUAACGAAAACAGAAAAGAAGUUGCCCCGACCUGCUAGUCCGUCGAUUGUAACGAAAACAGAAAAGAAGUUGCCCCGACCUGCUAGUCCCUCGAUUGGCUCACGAUUGAAAACAUCAAAAGCAGAGGAUUUAAGAUCUGAAAAGGCAGUCAAAGUCAAAGCUCAGCGUCCAUUGUCAGAGAAAUCUCUUCCCGGGAUACGCCCGAUCGUUAACAGGUCAAAGCAGUCCGUUAAUCCAAGCAAAGCACACAUUGUUCAGAGUGCUACUGGUUUUUGUUUCAAAACUGAUCAGCGAGCGGAAAAUAGGAAAGAGUUCUAUACAAAAAUCGCGGAGAAAAUACAUGUUAAAGAGGUGGAAAUUAGCCAAGUUAAAGCAAAAACACUGGAAAAACAAGUAGCCGAGAUGAAACAAUUCCGAAAAAGUCUCAACUUUAAAGCAAAACCACUGCCUUCUUUCUACAACGAAUCUGCUAGAGCUUCAGAUCAACACAAGGCUACACCCAUCAGCAAGACACCAAAUCAACGACGACCCAGUUCAUCAAUGGCUACUCGACAUGACAAGAAUUUAUUCAAGUCUUCCGUUCCGUUAAACAAUAGACCGGGCUCUUCAACUUCGGCAACCAACAGGAUCCGUGUUUCAGAAACUGUUGUGAGAAAUUACGUACCUGAAAAGAAAGAUGAAGAGGGGAAGGGUACCAAACUAAAUAAGCCGAAAGAUCCAGAACCAAGAGGUAGAGACAUGGUGAGAAGAUAUGUGAAAGGCAGUCACACGUGGAACGGUCCUAAAGUUGGUGUUGCGUCUUGAAGCAACUUUAGAUGUGUUGUAGUAAGGUAGAUUAAAUAUGUGGUUCUGUAACAAGAAAUAUCGGAAUUGAGCUAGAGUGGUCAAAUUCAAAGCAAUCGUAUGAUAAUGAAUCUCCGGUCCGGUAACUCGUGUCUGUAACGUUCUAGAUUGCUUUGGGUUUGCCCGUUUUAGUUCAGGCGAACACAUGGUCGUGGGUAAGUACAAACAAAAUAACAAAUCUAUUACUUUUGUUUUUUUUUU